CUCUCCAUAUAAAAAUAAAUAUCCAUCUCGACCCUAUACAAUUCACAUACCCCGAGAAUCCCUCAUCGAAGCCCUCAAUUUCCGUGAUAGAAAAUCUAGAGAGAGAGAGAGAGAGAAAUCAGAACAAAAACGAACGCUUAUCGAUUGGAUCCGAGAAUGUACGGCGCCGGCCACAACUACACCCUCGACUACGCCGACAACCGGGUAUGGUCCCCGAUCCAGUCGUCGACGUGGACGAGGCCGGAGGACAAGGCCUUCGAGCACGCGCUGGUGGUGUUCCCCGAUGGAACGUCGGACAGGUGGCGCCGGAUCGCCGAACAGCUGCCGGGGAAGUCGCCGGAGGAGGUUAGGGCGCACUACGAGGCGCUUGUGGACGACGUCUUCGAGAUUGACUCGGGGCGGGUCGAGUUGCCGAGUUACUCGGACGAGUCGGACGUGGGGUCUGGGUGGGAGGAGGGCGAGUCGGCGGCGAGUCAGAUUUCGUUUGGGGGGACGGGGAUGAGGAGGAAGAGGUGCGAGUUUGAUAGGAAGAAGGGCACGCCCUGGACGGAAGAAGAACACAGGUUAUUUCUACUCGGUCUCAAGACUUACGGCAGGGGCGACUGGCGGAGCAUCUCAAGAAAUGUGGUGGUGACCAGAACGCCGACACAAGUUGCCAGCCACGCCCAAAAAUACUUCCUCCGCCAAACCUCGGAGAAGAAAGAGAGGAAGAGGUCAAGCAUCCACGAUAUCACCACUGCAAUGGACACCCGCCCAAUCCCUCCGCCAGCUCAAUUUACAGAUCAAGGAGACUUGAUGGGGUAUCAAAACGUGCACUAUCAUCCCAUGUAAAGAACGAAGGGGAGAGUAAAGGCUACGCACUUCUGUACAUGAAACACAGUGAUUUUAAUUGACAAAGUCAAUCUGUAAAGUUGUUUUCUUCCUUAGCAGAUAGUGUGAUUAGGGGAUUAACAGAUUAGUAUGAGUGGAUGGAUUGCAAGGUUGCGAAUUCAGGUAACUCUUUAGUAAGCAACACAAUGUUAGACGGAAUUAUAGCUAAUUUUUAGCCCAGAAAUGCAUGCUGUUGGGGAAAUACUGAUGCUAUUUGAUUGAAAUCUUUUGAAAUUCUAUUAAUUUGCAGUAGGUAACCAAAGACAGCCAUUUAUCUU